UAAGGAUGAGAAUUUUUAUCGUCCGGAUGAGGAUGAUUCUGCAGCUGGACAGGGCGCUCCACACGCAGCGUCUGUCGCGCCGUCUGGGUCAACUACUGCUCCACCUGGUGUACUAUGUACGUCCAGUAGUUCUUCUACGUGUGAGACGAUUGUGCUGCUUCGGGUCUCUAUGCGUGGCAAUGGAUGGAAUAUCGAAAAAAAGCUGUUUUGGGCAGUGCGCACCGUGGAACGUGAAGACGAUCACAGGCCUUCUACACCUUCUGCUAGGAAAGGGUGGUCUUCUUCUACCAAAGUCUCCUACCGACUUCUAGAGCAAGCCUUUGGUGAAGUGGAUCUUGAGGCUUUUGGCGGUGAAGAUUCGUCUAUUUUUGGAGGUUAAGGCUGCUCAACUACAUAUUAAAGAUUCAUCUUGUUGCUUCACAGGCUUCUACUUGUCUCUGUCUCGUCCGUUUUCUUCUUGGAUUCUGAGACCACUAGUAUGUUGAAAGCAGAAUGUUAGUUAAUGUGAGCGCCGCUAAUUUGGACAAUCACAUAAGCCGAUAGAUGCAGGGCGGAGGUGGCUCCCCUGGUUUCUUUUAGAGGAUGGGUCACAAGAAGUGAUCUUUUUCAAGAUGAGC